CAGGAUUUCUGUCCCUGAGUCAUGGCAGACAGAAGACCAGAGAAGGCAUGUGAACAAGCAUGUGAAUCCCUUAAGCAGCAGGAUUAUGAAGUGGCAGUGAAGCUUUGCACAGAGGCUCUCCUUGCCCUGAGCCAGGCCCCCCCGGCGCAGCCCUCCCCGGCAGGCCAGGCACAAAGCGACCGCAUCAAAAUCGAGAGCCUGCUGUAUAGAAUUGCUUCCUUUUUACAACUUAAAAAGUAUGGGCAAGCAGAUGAAGACUGUAGGCAUGUGCUGGGAGAGGGGCUGGCCAAGGGAGAUGGAUCUUUCCGUGCAGUGCUCUGCUGCAUGCAUCUUAAAGGGAAGCUGCAAAUUGUGUCUAAUGUUCUUUCCAAAUCACUGAUGGGUGAAUCAUUGAACGGGAUGGUAACUAAAGAUCUGACACGAUUGAAAACACUUCUUGCUGAAACAGAGGCAGCUGGUAAAGUACCAUCAGGAUACCAUGUAGAAGAUUUAGAAGAAGGGUCCCGGGAUGGCUGGCAAUUCCGCCCUCCACCAAGGGGAGUCACAAGCAGUGAAGAAUAUACAUUAUGUAAAAGAUUUUUAGAGCAAGGGAUCUGCAGGUACGGUGCACAGUGUACUUCAGCACAUUCCCAGGAAGAGCUAACAGAAUGGCAGAAACGAUAUGCUUCCCGCUUGAUCAGAUUAAAACAGCAGAAGGAAAACAAACAAUGUUCGGGCAGUUAUAUGGAAACCUUGAUUGAGAAAUGGAUGAAUUCGUUAUCUCCUGAGAAAGUGCUUAGUGAAAGUAUAGAAGGAGUGAGAGUAGAACAUAAUCCUGAACUGUCAGUAACUGUCACCACCAAAAAGUCUCAUCAGACAUGGACAUUUGCUCUCACUUGUAAGCCUGCAAGAAUGCUGUAUCGAGUGGCAUUACUUUAUGAUGCCCAUCGUCCACAUUUCAGUAUCGUUGCAAUAUCUGCUGGAGACAGCACUACCCAGGUAUCACAAGAAGUUCCAGAAAACUGUCAGGAAUGGAUAGGAGGAAAGAUGGUCCAGAAUGGAAUAGAUCAUUAUAUAUACAAAGUCAGUAUAGCCUUUACCACAGAAAUCUUUGGAACUUUUCGCCAAACUGUUGUGUUUGAUUUUGGAUUAGAACCAGUCCUCAUGCAACGAGUAAUGAUUGAUGCUGCUUCAACAGAAGAUCUUGAAUACCUGAUGCAUGCACGGCAACAGCUGCUAACCACAGCCAAGCGUUGGGAUUCGACUUCUAAGACUAUUGUAGAAUUUGAGCCUAAUGAAACUACUGAAUUGGAGAAGAGCCUUCUUACCAGAUACCAAAUUCCUCUAUCUGCUGACCAGCUAUUUACACAAUCUGUGCUGGACAAAUCAUUGACUAAGACCAACUAUCAGUCACGGUUGCAUGACCUCCUUUAUAUUGAGGAGAUAGCCCAAUAUAAGGAAGUUAGCAAGUUCAACAUAAAAGUGCAAUUGCAGAUUGUAGCAAGUUUCAUGCUUACUGGUGUAUCCGGAGGUGCAAAGUAUGCCCAAAAUGGACAACUUUUUGGCCGCUUUAAGCUCACAGAAACGCUUUCGGAAGACACUUUGGCUGGACGGCUGGUGAUGACCAAAGUCAAUGCUGUUUAUUUAUUGCCUGUCACUAAAGAGAAGUCAGCACAGACCCAAGGAACCAAAGAGAAGGUUUAUGAAGCAGCCAUUGAAGAGAAAACAAAGGAUUAUAUCUUCUUGAGAGUAUCCAGGGAAUGCUGUGAAGAACUUAAUCUUCGGGCAGAUUGUGAAAUGCAGGUUGAACUUCAGUUUCAGUUAAAUCGCUUGCCCCUCUGUGAAAUGCAUUAUGCCUUGGACAGGAUUAAGGACAACAGUAUUUUGUUUCCAGAUGUCAGCAUGACUCCCACCAUACCCUGGAGUCCCAACAGACAAUGGGAUGAGCAGUUGGACCCUCGACUAAAUGCUAAGCAGAAAGAGGCUGUUCUGGCUAUCACUACUCCACUUUCAAUACAACUGCCUCCUGUUCUUAUCAUCGGUCCCUAUGGGACAGGAAAAACAUUCACUCUGGCUCAGGCAGUCAAGCACAUACUCCAACAACAGGAUACUAGGAUUCUCAUUUGCACCCAUUCUAAUAGUGCUGCUGAUCUCUACAUAAAGGAUUAUUUACAUCCAUAUGUAGAAGCAGGCAAUCCCCAGGCAAGACCUCUCAGGGUAUAUUUCAGAAAUCGCUGGGUAAAGACUGUCCACCCAGUUGUGCAUCAGUACUGUUUGAUUUCAAGCACACAUUCCACCUUUCAGAUGCCACAGAAGGAAGACAUUCUUAAGCAACGAGUAGUAGUUGUUACUUUGAAUACAUCACAGUAUCUAUGUCAACUAGAUCUUGAACCAGGGUUUUUUACACACAUUCUGCUAGAUGAAGCUGCACAGGCUAUGGAGUGUGAAACUAUUAUGCCUCUAGCAUUAGCUAAUAAAAAUACAAGAAUUGUCUUGGCUGGAGACCAUAUGCAGCUCAGUCCUUUUGUCUACAGUGAAUUUGCCAGGGAAAGAAACCUUCAUGUCUCACUGCUUGAUCGGCUCUAUGAGCACUACCCUGCUGAAUUUCCCUGCAGGAUCUUGCUGUGUGAGAACUAUCGCUCCCAUGAAGCUAUCAUCAACUACACUUCUGAACUUUUCUAUGAAGGCAAACUGAUGGCAAGUGGAAAGCAGCCAGCCCACAAAGAUUUCUACCCUCUGACUUUCUUCACGGCACGUGGCGAAGAUGUGCAGGAAAAAAAUAGUACAGCAUUUUACAACAAUGCAGAGGUGUUUGAAGUAGUGGAGCGUGUUGAGGAAUUAAGAAGAAAAUGGCCAGUUGCCUGGGGCAAGUUGGAUGAUGGCAGCAUAGGGGUUGUAACCCCCUAUGCUGAUCAAGUGUUUCGGAUUCGGGCUGAGCUUCGGAAAAAAAGACUCUCGGAUGUCAGUGUAGAAAGAGUGCUGAAUGUUCAGGGAAAACAAUUCAGAGUUUUGUUUCUCAGCACGGUACGGACGCGGCAUACAUGCAAACAUAAGCAAACACCAAUUAAAAGGAAAGAGCAGUUACUGGAGGACUCAACAGAAGAUUUGGAUUAUGGUUUUCUAUCUAAUUACAAACUUCUCAACACUGCCAUUACAAGAGCACAAUCCCUCGUAGCUGUGGUGGGAGAUCCCAUUGCUUUAUGUUCCAUUGGAAGAUGCAGGAAAUUUUGGGAAAGGUUUAUUGCCCUAUGUCAUGAGAAUGAAAGUCUUCACGGUAUCACAUUUGAACAGAUAAAAGCUCAGUUGGAAGCUUUGGAGUUAAAGAAAACGUAUGUGUUGAACCCGCUGGCUCCUGAGUUUAUCCCCCGGGCUCUUCGCCAUCAGCACUCAGCAAAUACCACCAAACAGCAGCAGUCGCCACCAAAGGGCAAAGUCCACCAUCAUAACCAGAAUGACCAUUUCCCACCCGAUGGAAUUGUUCAGCCCAACCCUUCUGUCCUAAUUGGAAAUCCUAUCCGAGCAUAUACUCCUCCCCCUCCUCCUCUGGGACCUCACCCCAACCUGGGGAAAUCUCCAAGUCCUGUUCAAAGGAUAGAUCCACACACUGGGACAAGUAUUCUCUAUGUACCUGGUGGAGGAAACAUGGUCAUGUCUGUGCCUUUGCCUGUACCAUGGACGGGGUAUCAGGGUAGGUUUGCAGUUGACCCUCGAAUCAUUACUCAUCAAGCAGCUAUGGCAUAUAACAUGAACCUGUUACAGGCACAUGGGCGGGGGUCCCCUAUACCCUAUGGCCUGGGACAUCACUCACCAGUUAGCAUAGGACAACAGCAGCAGCUUCAGCAUCAGGACAAGGAGCAACAUGAACAAAGUCGAAAUGGUAAAAGUGAAAACAGUUCUGGACCUGAAAUCAGUAAAAUUCGGACACCCGAAAAGAAACCUGUGGAAUCCAAACAGGUUGACUUAGAAGCAAAUUCUCAGAACAGAAGCCCGGAGUCACGUUCCAGUGCUGGUUAUCCUAAUGCUAAAUUUCAUCGCAAAGAUAAUCUUAACCCCAGGCAGCUGAAUCUCCAUCUCACCCCUCCCCACUCCCAAUAUGCAGUUCCCAAUCGCCACUUCCAGCAUCUGUCACAGAUACCAAGGCAGCCAUAUCCCCUGCAACAGCAGCAAAACCUUUUAAGUCAGCAACAAAAUCAUUUACCUGAACAGCAAACCCAGUUGCCACCCCAGCAAAGCCAGGUAGUUCAGCAGCAUAAUCAUUUGAAUCAGCAGCCUCCACAGCCUUCGCAGCUUUCCCCUGCUUACCAGGCAGGGCCCAGCCAGUCUUUUUUUAAUAACCCAGUUCCCCACCGACCACAUUCUCCUGCUGUAGAUGCAGUGAUUUCAGAGCAACACCCCCCACCUAUGUUACAAGAAGUCACUAAUCCUUUGAGGCCUAUUGCACCGCACAACCCGGUUCUGCCAGCCCACUUGAACAACUUCAUUGAAGAGAAUCCAGCAGCACGGAGACACUCUAGUGAAACUGAAGGAGAUCGUAUGCAUGGAAAUGUAGCUUUGGAAACAAUAAGGCAGCAGCAACAAGCCAGGUUACAGCAGUGGAAUGAACACAACGCCUAUCUCAGCCAAGGCAGCAUUCCAUAUCCACACCAUCACCAUCCCCACCUACCGCAUCUUCCCCAGCAGCCCAUGGGAUUGCAUCAGCAGCAGCAAGUGAAGGCAAACUGGAAACUUGCCACUAACCCAGAAGAUGAAACAGAGGCAACAUAUACAAGAUUCCAGGAUUUGCUCAGAGAACUGUCACACCGUGAUCAAAGUGAAAGUCGGGACUUAGCUGAAAUGCCACCCCCUCAGUCAAGACUGUUGCAAUACAGACAAGUUCAGCCCAGAAGCCCACCAGCACUCCCUUCUCCUUCCUGCAACUCUAAUCACAGCGGUCACUUUCCUAACUUCCCAGAAAACAACAGAGACAUUGAAAUACCCAAUAACCCAGCAUUUCAGCAGCAUUUACCCCAAAUAUACAAUCCCCCUUUCUCAAUGCCAUCUGAACAUAUAACCCCAUCUCCCUUGAAAUACCUGCAACCUGAUGGAUCAUGGACUUAUGCUAACCUACAGCAGAAUCACCUAAUGGGGCAGGGCUUUCAUUAUGGUAUACCUCCAUUGCCCCAUAGAUCACAACAAAACCCUUUUAUACAAAUACAGAAUCAUCAGCAUGCAGUUGGUCAGGAGCCAUUUCAUCCACUCACAUCUCGAGCAGUAUCUGCUUCUUCGCUCCACAGCUUAGAAGAGUAUGAACCAAGAGGACCAGGCAGGCCGUUGUACCAAAGAAGAAUUUCCUCUAGUUCAGUCCAGGCUUGUUCUGAAGAAUUAAGCACUCCUCAAGACAGUCUUGGUCAGUGUAAAGAGCUUCAGGACCACAGUACCCAGCCCUCUUUCAACUACUCGUCCCCUGAGCUGUGGGUGACCUCCUCCUCGGCCGCCCCCUUCCCAAACAUUCCAUGCAACGGCUCCGGCCCCGGUCCCGGCCCUGGCCCCGGCCGCCCCGCUCCACCCCGCGAGCUCCUUGUGUCGUACGCGAGCGCCCUGCGCGCCCCGCCGAAGCCCAAGGCCCCUCCGGAGCAGGCAAAAAAGAAUAGCGACCCCCUGUCUCUGUUCCAGGAGCUUAGCCUAGGUAGCUCAUCAGGUAGCAAUGGCUUUUACUCCUAUUUUAAAUAACCAGAAUAUUUUUUUUAGAGAGAAUUUAAUUUUUAUUUGUGUCGGUAGAUCUAAGGUAGUUGGGGCUUCACCUGUAGUUGCAAAUAUUCCCUUUGUUUAUAUUAGUAAAUAUAUCCUCACUUAAUUGCUUUGCUGCUAGACUUUCAACUAAUUUUUUUUAAUUAUAUUCCAUUAUUUUG